CCUGGGGCUGAGCGGCUCCGGCGCCGGGGGUGGGUGAGGCUCGCUGUGUCCCAGCCGGGCCCGGAGCCCAUGGAGCGGGGGAAGAUGGCGGAGCUGGAGAGCCUGGAGACGGCGGCGGAGCACGAGCGGAUCUUGCGGGAGAUCGAGAGCACGGACACGGCCUGCAUCGGCCCCACGCUCAGGUCUGUCUAUGAUGGGGAAGAGCAUGGUCGUUUCAUGGAAAAGCUGGAAGCCCGAAUUCGAAACCACGACCGAGAGAUUGAGAAAAUGUGCAACUUCCAUUACCAGGGCUUUGUAGAUUCUAUCACGGAGCUCCUGAAAGUUAGGGGAGAAGCCCAGAAGCUUAAGCAUCAAGUGACAGACACGAAUAGAAAACUGCAGAGUGAAGGGAAGGAAUUGGUAGUAGCAAUGGAAGAGCUGAAACAAUGUCGACUACAACAGAGAAAUAUUUCUGCUACCGUCGAUAAACUAACAUUAUGUCUUCCUGUUCUGGAGAUGUACAGCAAACUGAGAGAGCAAAUGACUUCUAAAAGACAUUACCCUGCGUUGAAGACAUUAGAGCACCUUGAGCAUACGUACCUACCACAGGUGAGCCACUACCGCUUCUGCAAGAUCAUGGUGGAUAAUAUCCCUAAACUGCGUGAAGAGAUAAAAGACGUUUCCAUGUCAGACCUCAAAGACUUCCUGGAGAGUAUUCGUAAGCACUCUGACAAGAUUGGAGAGACAGCGAUGAAACAGGCCCAGCAGCAAAGAAACCUGGAUAAUAUUGUAUCUCAGCAUCCCAGGAUAGGUGGUGGAAAGAAAUAUAAGAAAGAUGUCUGUGCAAGCUCAGAUCUGGAGGUGAAAAACACUAGCCCCAUGUCUGAACAGGAUUCAGGGAUCCUGGAUGUUGAAGAUGAGGAUGAUGAUGAAGAGGUGCCUGGUGCCCAGGAUUUGGUGGAUUUCUCACCUGUGUAUCGAUGCUUGCACAUCUAUUCUGUACUGGGUGCCAGAGAAACCUUUGAGAACUACUACAGGAAACAGAGAAGAAAACAGGCUAGACUGGUGCUUCAGCCCCCCUCAAAUAUGCACGAAACUUUAGACGGCUACAGGAAGUAUUUUAAUCAAAUUGUAGGCUUUUUUGUAGUUGAAGAUCACAUCUUACAUACGACCCAGGGCUUGGUCAAUAGAGCCUAUAUCGAUGAACUGUGGGAAAUGGCUCUGUCAAAAACUAUUGCCGCACUAAGAACACAUUCAUCUUACUGUUCUGACCCAAAUCUGGUAUUAGACUUGAAGAACCUCAUAGUUCUGUUUGCAGAUACACUCCAGGGGUAUGGCUUCCCUGUAAACCAGCUGUUUGACAUGCUACUGGAAAUCAGAGACCAAUAUAGUGAGACUCUGCUAAAGAAAUGGUCAGGAGUUUUCAGAAAUAUACUUGAUUCAGAUAAUUACAGUCCCAUACCCGUAGCUAAUGAAGAACUUUAUAAGAAGAUAAUAGGACAGUUCCCAUUCCAGGAUCCAGAGCUGGAAAAGCAACCGUUUCCAAAGAAGUUCCCCUUUUCUGAGUUUGUGCCUAAGGUUUACAAUCAGAUUAAAGAAUUCAUCUAUGCCUGUCUAAAGUUCUCAGAAGAUCUUCACCUGAGCUCCACGGAGGUUGACGACAUGAUUCGAAAAUCCACCAACCUGCUGCUGACUCGAAUGCUGAGCAACUGUUUGCAGACUGUUAUUAAGAAGAGAAACACAGGGCUGACAGAGCUUGUGCAGAUUAUUAUAAAUACAACCCAUUUGGAGAAAUCCUGCAAGUUCCUAGAAGAGUUCAUAACCAAUAUCACCAACGUACUCCCGGAGACUGUCCAUACUACCAAACUCUAUGGCACUACCACCUUCAAGGAUGCCCGCCAUGCUGCAGAAGAAGAGAUUUACACUAAUCUGAACCAGAAGAUAGACCAGUUUUUGCAGCUGGCAGAUUAUGACUGGAUGGCCACUGAACCGGGCAGCAAAGCCAGCGAUUACCUGGUAGAUCUCAUUGCUUUCCUGCGCAGCACCUUUGCUGUGUUCACACACCUACCUGGGGAUGUAGAUGUCCAUUCUACAAUGUCGGGUAAGGUGGCUCAGACUGCAUGUAUGUCUUCAUGCAAACACUUAUCUACUUCACUGAUGCAGCUGCUACUAGAAGCUGAAGUGAGGCAGCUUACACUGGGGGCCUUACAGCAGUUCAACCUGGAUGUAGAGGAGUGUGAACAGUUUGCCAGAUCCGGGCCAGUGCCUGGGUUCCAAGGGGACACACUGCAGUUGGCCUUCAUCGACUUGAGACAAGGUUGACGUAGUUUGCAUUCUGAAAACUUUCAGAUGCACAGGGUAUUUCUUUAAUCUGCAUAAUCCCUUGUAUCGAUGAUCUCCUCACCACUGUGACUCUGAUUCAUGCCGGAACAGCUUUUAACCUGUAAUGGAUUGCGAACCCUCUCCGAAUCCAAUUGAUGUGCAUUGUAAUCUGUCAUCGAAUGACACUUCUGCAAAGCUACAUUAAAGUUUGAUGAUGAUAAUAAUGAAUCUCCACACACCCACUUACAUUUGGGAAUUCAGUUCUGCAUGGUUUGUUUCCAUAUCAAACUUAUCCAUUCGGUUACAUGUAUGGUCCAUUUGCAAUAUUGUCUUAAAUGCCUCGCAGGAAAGAAAUGAGUUGUCAUUGCUGAAUCUCAUGCUUUUGCAUACAUAAGUGUUUCAACACCACAUGCGGAGUUGUCAGUAAAGCACCCAUGACCUUGUGUUUUACGUAAUAUAGGGGUGUUGGUUCUUCUCCAAAGAGACGCAGAUGAAUGCAGGGAUUUUGAAGAGGAAUGCUGUGGUUUUUUCCUAAAGAAUUAAAUGCCAUAAAAAUACUUCUCCGAUGUUUAACUUACAUGAAGCAGUGUAUUAUCUGCUGGCCAGCGUACGUGUAGUGUUAAUAUGGUUUAUAAGGGCAGUAUGCACCCAAGUGAAUUCCACAUGAGCCAGGAUACAGCUAUACGAUGGUCCACUUGUGUUUCCUUUCUAGUAUUUCUGCUCCUCUGUCAAAUACUCUUCUCUAAUUGUAUUUGUUUGUAA